AUGGGGAGAACUCUUCCUGUCCCCUCUCCCAAGCCCCAUGAGGGAAGACCCCUGACCCCGAGAUGCCAGACAAAACUCCACCCUCAGAGGCCAGCCUCAUGGCUCCUCUUCUCCUUCUACAAGGAGGGCUGCACCUUGCAGAGCAGGGGCCUCCACUCAGAGCUCUGCAUCCCAGCAGCCAGAGGGAGACUCUGGGUUUACUGGUGUGAGGCAGCCCCUGGGGGCAUCAUGGUCCAGAAACAGAGCCCCCAGAUGGAGAUCAGGAUGUGGGCUCCUGUGUCCUGUUCUCUGCUCACCCUGAGUUCCAGGACCCCUGGCCUUACUGUGGGGGACAUGGUGAAGCUCCUCUAUGAGGCUCAGAGGGGCUCCCCUCCUAUCCUGUACUCAUUCUACCUAAGGGAGAUUUUGGGGAACUGCUCAGCCCCCCACGGCGAAGCUGUCUCCCUUCUCUUCCCAAGGAUGUCAGAGCAGGAUGCUGGGAACCACACGUGUGAGGCUGAGAGCAGGGUCUCCAUGGAGACAAGUCAGCCUGAGACAUCCUCCCUGGAUGGUACAUCUUAUCCCUCACCCACCUCCGAGCCCCAUGCUGCCAGGACAGACCCCACUACUCCAUGUACCUCCCACCAGGUGGGCACAGUACUGAGCCCAUAG